ACCACUUUCGUUGAUAAUUUUUUUACGUUGUAGGUUGUAAACAUAGCUGAUGACUAGUGCAGAUAUUUCUUAGCAUAGCAAACGAACAAAAUUUAAGUACAAACUGUGAACGAAAAACGGAAACGUCGUUGAUUUGGCACAUGCACUUGUAGGUGUGAAUGUGAGGAUGUGGCUGGAUCUCCAGUCUGUGUUGGUGGGUCUUGCGACGGGUCUCUUUGUGUACUAUGUAAUUUACAGGUACAGAUAUCGUCUGCCACCUGGGCCAUUCGCUCUUCCUGUCAUUGGCAACUACACGGUGUACACAAAUCCCCUCUAUCAUCGUGAGGUCUACAAGUUAUCAAAACAGUAUGGACCAGUUCUACGCUUACAGUUUGGUCCCAAAAUGUUUGUGUUCCUUAAUGAUCUCGACACUAUCAUGGAGGCAUUGGUGAAAAGAAAGACGGAUAUUGCAGGCAGACCUUCCAUGAAAUCACUUCAGAUAAUAUCGGAAGAGAAGACUAUAUCUUUCGGCUCCUAUUGUCACUCAUGGAAAAUGCACAGAAAAGUGGCAAAUCUAGCUCUGAGACAUUUUCUGCAGAGUACAAUGAUGGACGACACAAUUCAAAGGACACUGACAAAGUUCAUGGACAAGAUGGCGUCUGAAAAGCAGCCAUUUGCAGUGAAAGAUUAUCUAAAUAAGAUUCAGUUUCACAUCAUCUACAAUUUGUGCAUGGGAACGAACACGGACGAGGAAAUUGAGAGGUUCAUACAGAGAAUAGAUGAUAUCAAUAGCACGUUUGGUGGAGGUUUCAUUGAAGAUGUCUACCCAUUGAUAGGAAAAUUAUGGCCCUCUAAAAAAUUCUGCAAAUACGUGAAAUUGGUGGAAGAAUUCUUGGCUGUCUUUUAUAAGAAAUUGGAGGACCACAGGACGGAGUUCAACGAAAAUGACGUGCGAGAUCUUAUGGACCAAUUACUGCUGAGUAAUAAGAAAGCGGAAGAAUCGCAGGAUUCCGACAUGAUUUUAGAAGACACGAGAAUAGUGCAGACCAUCGUUGCUAUCUUCUAUGCCGGUGUGGAUACAACGAGGAUCACGAUGGAUUGGUUUGUUUGCUUUAUGUCGGGAUUACCUGAUAUCCAGGAGAAAUGUCGACAGGAAAUCGAAUCCGUAUUAGGUACAAGACGUCCCUCUGUCAGAGACCGCGCCAGUUUACCGUAUAUUGAGGCGUGCCUAUACGAGACACUACGUCGAGCAAGCGCAUUUUCAUUGACUAUACCUCACUCCACGCUUUGCGAUACUCAGGUGGGUGGAUACGAUAUACCGAAGGAGACAAUUGUGUUUCCUAACAUGUUCGCGCUUCACAUGAACCCAAAAUAUUGGGAAAAUCCCGAAAUGUUCGAUCCACAUCGCUUUAUUUCCAAUGAUGGAAACUUGGAAACGAAGGUUGAUGGUUGGUUGCCGUUCUCCGCUGGACUGCGUACCUGUCUUGGAGAGGCUUUAGCGAAAUCAGAAAUGGUAACCAUGUGCGCAUAUCUUUUGCAAAGGUUUGAGUUUAGAUUACCUGAAGGCGUGGAUCCAAAUUUCUCAGGAGUAAGUGGCGCAUUCAGUGCCACAGAGGUUCCUGCUCCGUACAAGAUCAUUGUUAAAGACCGAUUCGCUUAAAAGAAGAUAGGCAAAGAAUUGGAAUGUGUCAUAUUUGGAUUAGCAUUGAACGUUAUAUUAAUGACGGUGUCGGUGAAUUAAGAUUUUGCACCUCGUUCAGAUGUCAAGAUGGAUAUUGAAUGUGCGUGUUAUUUGAUUUGCUUACUGUUAUAAUGCUCUCAUCAUAUCUACAUUUUAGCAUUAAAAUGAAAUACUAAAUAAUUUUUGUUACGUGAUACCCAUAUGAUAGAUACAUGUACCAGGGACCCUUUUAAAACGUUCCUUCCUAUGCUUUUUAAUUAGUUUAAUUAGUUAAUUGAUAUCAAGCUUGAAAGUAAACUGCAUUUAUGCAUGACUACGUUUGUCUUACUUGGAUGUGCAUCACAAUUCUAAUAAUCAUAGUAUUUCAUUAACAUGAGUUACCAGUAAAUCGUACCGUAACUGGAACUACUUCAUAUUCAAGUUCUACACAAAACACUAAGUUACUCAAUUGUUAUAUCAAUCAUACAGGUCACAACUGGUGUAAGCUUCCUUUGUUAGGGUAUUCAAAUGCUUCACAGUCGCACGCACUUGUGCAUGGUUGAUUUAUGUUAAAACAAGAACAGUCUAACAGUUCAUGAUCCUCUGAGUAUUUACAAGAUUGAGUAGUUCUGGGACUGCUUCCUGUUGUGUCAUUAUUCUAGGUUUCAGUGUUUCGUAAUUUGUAGUUGGAGGACAUGGUGAAUGUGGGCGUGUUUUUCUAGGACAUGGUGAAUGUGGGCGUGUUUCUAGGACAUGGUGAAUGUGGGCGUGUUUCUAGGACAUGGUGAAUGUGGGCGUGUUUUUCUAGGACAUGGUGAAUGUGGGCGUGUUUCUAGGACAUGGUGAAUGUGGGCAUGUUUCUAGAUGCAGAGUUGAUUCACGGUACGUUGUAGAUGCAGCAUGAAAGUGCCUCGGGUUGGGGUAUUUUCCGAACAGGUACUCUAUCCUCUGCCUUUUGACAGGGAAGUUCAUUUAGUGAGCCACACUUGGUGUCCGCAGACUGUUGCAAACAGAUUAACACGGGUAUGUUAAGGCAGGCCAUGAGCCACACUUGGUGUCCGCAGACUGUUGCAAACAGACUAACACGGGUAUGUUAAGGCAGGCCAUACUCCCAUUUAUGCUCGUAAAUUGCACAAUCUUUAAAUCUGUCUUACACAGAGGGAAGGGGCUACUAAUUUUUAAAAGUAUUUUGAGUGUUUACAUGAGGUAUUUUUGUAUAUUAUCGAGGUCCUGUGUCGCAGCAGGUUUAGCACGAUAAAGUUCCCACUUACUCAAAGACCGCAAGCGUCGAGCAUCGGCUUAAAUUUUGCAGCCUUUCACCGGCAAUGAUGACGUCUCCAUAUGAGUUAUAAAUUUUCGAGUAAGACGUUAAACAAUAUACAAUCAAUCAACCAAAAAUAUUGGGGGUUAAAUCAUCUAGAAAUACAUAUUAUGAGAAAUCACAUGUUGCAUAAGAUAUGAUUAAAAUUUUGUACAUGUGUAUAUCGUCUUUGAAUAAUUUGAAAUAGUUAUGUUAAAUGAAUAUUUUGUUUGCCUUUUAUAACAUUUUGAUAAUUGCUUAAAUAACAUUUUGCCUGUAGAUCACGAAACAAACCUUAAAACAUGUAUAUUUUUGUUAGUGCAAAUCUAUUCUUGUUUAUGUAUUUCUGUGUUGGUGCAAAUGCAAGGUGAAGAUAACGAACAGUGAUCAAUCUCAUAACUCCUAUAAGCAAUACAAAAUAGAUAGUUGGGCAAACACGGACCCCUGGACACGCUAGAGUUGGGAUCAGGUGUGUAGAAGGAGUAAGCAUCCCCUGUUCUUGUUUAUGUAUUUCUGUGGUAGUGCAAAUCUAUUCUUGUUUAUUUCUUGUGUAUUAAUUAUUAUUGGGGGGGGGGUCAUACUUUUCUAAGUUUAAUAAAUAUUCUUUUGUUGGAUUGAGUAGGGCUUCUACUGUGCAUAGGAUUUAGCUGAUUAUCCUAAGCGCAUAUACAAGUGGAUAUUGUUUUGAUACUAAAUUUCAUUCGUCGUUAAGUAUUGUCCAAUAGUCGUGAUUCACCUUUAAGUAUUGAGUUACCGUUCAAACUGUGUAAAACAGAGCAUUGCUCAUUUUUGCAUCCAGGUUGUAUCAGCUGCAUGUUGUGUUACAUAAGAAUCAUAUUUACUUAUAAUAUUCUUGUGAAUGUGUCAUAGUAUUUGUGAUUGCAACAUUUAUAUGUUAUUGUACUUGUGCAGUUAAAGUUGUCUUGAGUACAUGUGUAUAUUUUUAGAAUUUGUACGUUGUAAGAUCAAUUUUUUUUUUACACCACAUAAUUUUGAUAUCAUAAAUGCACGCUGUAUUAAUGGUAACUUAUUGUCCACGGUUUAUGAAAUCUAAAGUGUAACAUUGUACUGUUUUGUCUUACAAGUAUUUGUUUUGCUUAUAAUCAUUGCCUUAUUCCAGCUAAAUAAAACAACAUAAAGCCGAA